AUGUCCGACGCCGAGGUUAUCGAACAGAAGCGCGAGGAGGAUGAGCGCCUCGAUACCGCCGAAGACCCCAACGAAGAGGAAGAGAUCUCAGCAAUGAGGCGACGCGUACAAGAAAUGGAGGAAGAAGCCCAGAAGCUACGCCAGAUGCAGAGCGAGACGGACCUAGAACGCCACGAGAUGCGCGAGAGCAAAGAAGACGUCGACGCGCGCAGUGUCUUUGUCGGCAACGUCGACUACGGCGCUUCCCCCGAAGAGAUCCAGGCACACUUCCAGAGUAUCGGAAGCAUUAACCGUGUGACGAUCCUGCUCGAUAAGUUCACAGGUCAUCCCAAAGGGUAUGCGUAUGUGGAAUUCACAGAACCACAUCUGGUCAAUGAGGCCUUGGUCCUUGACAACAGCCAGUUCCGCAGCCGGAAUUUAAAGGUCGUCCCCAAGCGAACGAACCUCCCCGGUAUGACACGAGGCGGACGCGGCGGCCGAGGCGGUCCUCGAGGCGGAUACGGCGGACGCGGCUCACCAUACGGCGGCCGUGGUGGCUACGGUGGCGGCUACGGCGGCGGCGCUCCACGAGGAGGCGGUUACCGUGGUGGAUACCGUGGCGGAAGAGGCGGAUCGGCAUACCGCCCAUACUAA